AUGUCAACUCCGCGCGUCGGCUGCCUGCUGCGUCCGUAUUCGCCGUAUUGGAGCGACUUUGUGGCCAAAGAGUUCCGCAUCCUGGUGAAGCUGCAGCCGGAGGGACCAAUGUCUCGGCACCUGCAAGCUGUACAGCCCGACGAUCUGCUGGAAUUCCGUGGUCCCAUCGGGCAAUACGUACACGAUCCACAGCCGGCCAAGUGCAUCUAUAUUAUCGCCCAGGGAGUUGCUAUUGCACCCACUCUGCCGCUGGUUCGGCAGGUGCUGGACAACGAGGAAGAUAUGAGUCGCCUGUGGCAUUUGGUGUGCGCUCGUGACCUGCAGCAUGUCUACUUUCGCGAGGAGAUGCUUGAGUUCGCCCAGUUCUGGAACUACAGGAGCUGCCUCCACCUGCCGCAUCAGCAGUGUGACUCCUCCGCUUGCCAGGAGGCGGGCCACUGUGCCCAGCAGUGCCCUCAGCUCCGGGACAAUCUACGCUACAAGGAGACGGCAAAGGUGUCCCGAUUAGAUGCCGCCGAACUAGCAACCCACCUCAAUCCCGCGAUUCCCGGACAGCGCGUCCUCAUCGUGGCUGGAGAUUCAAGUUUUCAAAAGAUCAUCGCCCAAAUAGGAACACAAUCAUUGGACGUAGAUCCGGCAAACAUUUAUAUGUUGUAAUUGCCGGGAGAAACUGUAGAUGCUUAUAAAUAUUUGAUAUUGUUUAUGAA